CUUACUUUUUCAUAAAUAAAUUUGGAAAUAAUAUCCAUUUUCAUGUUGGACAUUUCACUCUCCUCUUUUUCUUCGUCCUCCGAUGAAGAGGAAGCCCCCGCCAGGAGAAUAAGAUUUAUAAGGGAUAGAAACAAUCCUUUUCAAAUAUACGAUGAUAUCGAUUUCAAAAUGAGGUACAGGUUUUCGAAGCCAAUAGUACAAAAUUUGCUCCAUAUGUUUGGACAUUUAAUAGAACCGAAAACCAAGAGGAACAAAAGUAUUGAUGGCCUAACCCAGCUUCUAAUAACUCUUCGGUUCUAUGCAACUGGAACAUAUCAAAGAGUUAUUGGAGAUCAUAUCAACGUAAAUCAGAGUACUGCCUGUCGUGUGAUAAAUAGAGUCACCAGACAUCUUGCUCGUCAAAGGCCAAAUUUUAUAAACAUGCCCAAGAACCAAGACGACAUUUUACAAGUCUGUAGAGGCUUUUACAGAAUCAGAGGGUUUCCUAAAGUGAUUGGAGCUAUAGAUUGCACACACAUCAAGAUACAGUCUCCUGGUGGAAAUAAUGCUGAGCUAUAUAGAAAUAGAAAAGGCUUCUUUUCUAUUAAUGUGCAAGCCAUAUGUGAUGCCACAUUAAAAAUCAGGCACAUAAUAAGUAGAUGGCCAGGAUCUGUUCAUGACAGUACUAUUUUCAAUGAUAGUCCAUUAAUCCCGGAAUUUGAAGCUGACCAAUACGGAGCAGGAACUUAUUUAUUGGGGGACUCUGGAUAUGCUUGUAAGAAAUAUCUCUUAACCCCUUUCUUGAAUCCCCGAACGCCCGCAGAAGAACGAUACAACAGGUCACAUGUGGCAACAAGGAAUACGAUCGAAAGAACAUUCGGUGUGUUAAAAAGAAGGUUUCCUUGUCUCUUUUUAGGCUUGAGAAAUACUGUUCACGUAUGUUUGAUGAUAAUAGUUGCAUGCGCGGUCUUACACAAUAUUGCCAUUGAUUCAAAUGACCAUUUAAACGAAUUUUUUGAAAAUCAAGGCAGAGCUGAAGACAUACCGAUCGCAGAAGGUUACCGGAAUGAAAAUACAUCCAUUAGAACUGCUCUAGUUAAUACUACUUUCAGUUAA